AUGAUGGAAAGAGAGUGUUGCUCAAGUACUUCAGAGAAAAGGAAGCAGAGACAAAACCAACAUGAGAAACCCUAUAGAGGGAUAAGGAUGAGAAAGUGGGGGAAGUGGGUGGCUGAAAUUAGAGAACCUAACAAGAGGUCUCGUAUUUGGCUUGGCUCUUACUCUUCUCCGGUCGCCGCCGCUCGGGCUUAUGACACCGCCGUGUUCUAUCUCAGAGGCCCUUCUGCAAGACUUAACUUCCCGGACUUAAUAAUCGGAGAAGAUGAACUUCACGACUUGUCUGCCGCUUCUAUACGCAAGAAAGCCACUGAAGUUGGAGCCAGGGUUGAUGCUCUCCAAACUUCCGGCCAUCAAUCAUCGGAAUCAAAUUGGAGCCGAGCUUCAGAGAAGCCUGAUUUGAAUGAGUACCCAAGCCCAGAAACCUCCGAUGAAAACUGA